ACAACGUUUUUGUUUGGAGUUUCGGAUAUUUAGAUCUUCCAAGAUGAAGUUUGUAAGGUAUUUAAUGAGGAAUGCUGCUAUGCUAAAUGCGCCAAAGCAUAUUGAUUAUUACGCGAAAUUUUCUCCAUCGCCCUUGUCAAUGAAGCAGUUUCUGGAUUUCGGAUCCACAAAUGCGUGUGAGAAAACAUCCUUCGCUUUCCUCAGACAAGAGCUCCCCGUCAGACUAAGCAACAGUUUGAAGGAGAUCAAGAUUUUACCUGACCAACUGAUCAUGACUCAGUCCGUUCAGCUAGUUCACAGCUGGGUUGUCCAAUGCCUGAUGGACAUCCUAGAAUUUCAAGACAAGAGUCCCAAUGACCCAAGAGUUCUUGCUGAGUAGGUUUUUCAAUCUACACGCACCAUCUGUCAGAAUAUUAAAUAAGUAUUUUUAAACCGAACAAAACAGCAGGAUU